UCAAACUCUGGUGAGAAUUAGUGGCAAAAUCGGGCGAAUAGCGAUCGUUGCGGACUGCAUGUGCGUUGUACAACAGACGGAAUCAGCAACAGGAAACGAUACGCGUUUUGGUAUCGAAGUGCGCGACUUUUGUGUGAAAACUGCGAGUCUCCGCAGCGUUUGAACCUGAUACGCGCGCCGAAUUCCGGCGGCUUCCAUAAGCUAAGACGAUCAAGUAAAGCUCACUGCUUCAGCAUUGACGCAGUGCAGCUCAGAGGUGAACAUGCCGCAUGCUUGGGGGUGCUCUAGACAACGCCGCGUACCUAGUACCGCACCGAGCGUCUCUCAUGCGCUGCAACGAUCCGCUGUGAGGCCUAGCGGACAAAUGCCACAAUUUUGAAACAGAGGUUGGCUAAAUUUCAGCCACCACCUGCAACCGAUAUACGUAUUAAAAGUGCCAAUCUCAGCGUUUUUGACGUGAAUCUCAAGCUAGAUGCCGCUUUGCCUAGCUACGUGUAAAUAGUGAGUUUAUUAUAAGCAAUUGUAUCAAGUACGUCGAUUGUCAUCAUUUUUUGUGUAAGUGCUAAGGUGUGUUCGAUUUUACAGUGUCUACGGAAAGAAAAUAUGCGUCUCGGAAAUUUAGAAGGGCUUUUCACCAUGAUCUGUAAUUCGUGAAGGAAAGCAUCAGUGUUUAAAGCGGUCUAUCUUACGUAGUACAAGUUUUUGAACGCAGGGGCCAAGAGUACUCGAAACGAAAAGCAAGCUACCCCGUGAUGAAUGCGUAUUUUGAAUCGACGGCCGCCCCACUCGGGUAUUUCGGUAACCAGGGUGGCCAAGUGAGUUCAUCUCCUACAUCCCAGGGGGACCAAUACCGCGGGUUUAAUCUCCUUGUGCCUCCUUACGCCGCUGUAGGCGGUUCAGCAGUAAAUGGCGUCGCGUCGAACCCGCACUCCAACCAGCCAAGUCAACCUGGUACUCCACAAAACAACGGUGUUUCCACGCGUCCGGACAGUUCCGAACGUCAAUCACCGCCUUAUGAAACGGACAAGAGCUCGUCGUAUGAUUACAAAGCCUCAACUGUAUCGGCGACAGCUCAGUCGCCAGCACUUAACGUCAAUUCAAUAAACUCCACGCUCUCAGGAGGGCUAGAUACACAGAAAAAUUCAUUUAUAAAAGACAUACGGCCAGAUAUCGCUGCUUUAGCAGGGUGUUACCAGACAGGCGGUGGAGGCCGACUCGGUAGCUUCGACUCUAACUGGGCGGGAGCGACCAGCGGUCAGGCUGGCUCGCCAGGUGCCACUAGCGUUGCCGCAGCGACAGCGAGUGCAGCGGCAGCAGCAGGACCCACUCCCAACUUCUAUCCUUGGAUGGCCAUCGCUGGGCUUAACAGUUACAUAGCAAGACAACAAGCAGGGUUUCCCGGUUUCUUAGGGACAUCUGGAUUGCGAAGGCGCGGUCGGCAAACAUAUACGCGAUACCAGACAUUGGAGCUGGAAAAGGAAUUCCACACGAACCAUUAUCUGACGCGAAGAAGACGGAUCGAAAUGGCUCAUGCGCUCUGCCUAACCGAGAGACAAAUAAAAAUCUGGUUCCAGAAUCGACGAAUGAAAAUGAAAAAGGAGAUCCAGGCGAUCAAGGAGCUUAACGAGCAGGAACGCCAAGCCCAAGCAGCAAAGGCAGCUUCAAUGGGAAUUAAUAGUGCUGGAGGAUCAGGGCAAGGGACACCUUAGGAACAAACAAUACAGCUAUAGAGAUGUGUGGAUAGGAAGCGAGUGAACAGGAAAUGUCAGAAGUAUGACCAAUAACCUCGAGCAAACGACCCCGCACUGAUUUCUCAUGAUGGUAACAGCCGAACCCUAAGGAGCCACUGGUGGCCAAGCAAGAGAAAUCAUCAUUCGUAAAUAAUUUCGGCUCCGGAUCUCUUGGCACAAAAAUACUUUUUGCCAUCAGAUCUAAAAAACGAUCCAAUGAUAUAAUGGGUGAUUGCAUGGUAGUUGAAAAUAAACACGAAGUAUCUAAGCUUUAAGAACAAACAGAAAACGCCAGGGACAUAUUAAUGUCAACAAGAUUAACGACGAAACUUGAACAUGCACAAACAACUAUCAACCGGAAAAUAAGCAUAUUUAAUGACCAGGCGUGUACAUGAGAAGAGAGAUUACUUAAGAUAAAGUACACAUACGAGGAAAGUUGUGUGCGACGAGAAACUGAUGAAGUGAAUUACAGGACGAUAUACGUAAGUCUAGGUGUACCUAUAGGGCCAUGUACAGUUAGUCGAAUAUAAUACGUACCAUCAUAAAUGACAAUGGAAUUGAUUUAACAAAUCUAUAUACACACGAGUAUAUGUAUGCGCAUAUGAAUACAUCAUUCUUCCGAGUGCCACAACUCAUCACCGUCAAUGCCAGCAAUCAGCAAAAACAACAAUAAAAAUAAUAAUAUAAUAAUUAUUAGAAUUAAAUAUAUUAUUAUUUCUUGAUAAGGAAAUCUUGUCACAGAACCGGUUCACCUUUUAUUCUGGCAACUAUAAAAAGUCUGUAUAAUAAUAUUAUUAUUAUUGAUAUGCUUAAGAAAAUGCCCGGUAGUAACUCGAAAAGAAAACUAUGCCUCUAAUAUACGUAUUUUGUGCGGUCACAGUGUAAUAGCAUAAUGUACAACGACAUAUAUAUAUAUAUAUCUAUAUAUAUAUAUAUAUAUAUAUAUAUAUAUAUUGAGCAAUUUAGAUAAAUUAAUAAUGAUGACAAGAAUGACAUAGGACGAAAAGUAGCAAACAAGCCAGGACAAUAUUAGCGCCGGCCUUGCGCUAAAUGCCGCCAUUCACCGAUGAAAUGGUUAGUCUACAUAUAUAUAUAUAUGGACAGCUAACCAAUCCGAUAUCGGCUCUAUAUUAGUGGCGGGCAUUGACUGACUAUGACUGAAUGAUACGACUAUACGUAUUUAUUGUCUCUCGUCGAGUACGAACGAUAGAAGGUCGUCACCAUUCUGAACAUCGACUCUAGUCCUAAGCAUACUUUGAUUUACCUUGGAGUAACGCUAUUUGUUACCGACAUUUGUUUGAAACAGAACAUUAUUCUCUGUGGUUACAGUAGUUUUUGACGUAACCAACAAAAAUUGGUGUGAUGCUUCCCCCUAAUCUCCUGUGCCAAUAUAUGUAAUAAUGCCGUUUUUCUUAAUCAAGUUAUGUACCAAAUCGAGAUGCAAAAUUCUGCAAUUUUUGUUCCAAGCUCAAGUACGCAAGUGUGGAAACGCAGCUUAUUGCAAGGAAGCGAUGAAGCAGACAUGUUUUAUACACCUCGAUUGAUUUAUUAUUGUUGGUCAACAAGUUUCUUAGAGGUUUUUCAAAUCAGAACAGCGAAAUGUAGUUAUUAAAUUUUACAAAAUAGUUCGAAUAUAGCCGUUUCAAAUGUGGUCCUAUUGCUCAGCGACGCGAGGUUACGCUUCCCGUGCUCGGCCGCAUCCAGUAGCGAACAUCGCUCUUGUGAUUUUAAUGCGAUUCUAUUAAAAUCCAUACUCAAACUGGCUGGAAAUGAUACCACACCACAGCAACAACCUAUCAUGUG